AUGGAGCCUGACUUUGUGCUGUCCGAUGUGGCAGACAGCCAAUCAAUAUCCCAAAACCAAAACCAACCAAAAAAGAGAAAGAAAACCGACAACUCUUAUAAGUAAUUCCUGCGCAGUUCAACCGCCGCCGUUAAUCCGUUUUUCUAAGCCAUACAUACAUCCUAUCCGAAUCGUCGACAGCACACCAAAAUCUGUUCAUUUUGCUUUCAGACUUCAAUGGCUGGAUCGAAACAUGUUUCGGAUGAAAAUGUGAAAGCACCUAAUAUAUUUGAAAGAGCAAAGGAGGAGAUUCAGGCAGUGAUUCACACUACUGGAAAAUUGCAUCUUCAUCAUAAGGAAACUCAUGGGAGCAGCGAUAUUGACGAAAAUACUCCACUAGAUGCUGUCAGAGCUCCUAAUGUUUUUGAGAGAGCAAAGGAAGAGAUUGAAGCUUUGAUACAAACCAUCCACACCCAUAAAGAUUCUGAAAAUCAUGAGAAAAGAGAUCAAUCGGUGAAGUUGGAGGCAGAGAAUGAUGGUGUCAAGCCAUCAGUAAGUUUAAUCGAAAGAGCCAAGGAAGAGAUUGAAACAAUCAUUCAUCAUGACAAGACACCUCAUCAUUACAAAGAAACUUAUGGAAGGAAUGAUGAUAUUGAGGAGACUCCAAUUGAUGAAAUCAAAGGUCCAGGUAUGUUCCAACGAGCUAAAGAGGAAAUUGAAGCAAUUGUGGAAGCCAUCCAUCCUAAGAAGGAAACCAGUGGUUUUGAUUCUUCUUCACCUUUGAGAAAGGAAGAAGAUGGUGGAUUGGGAGCAUCAAUUGGAAGAGGGUUGGAGAAAGUAUGUUCACCAGAUAAAGAAGGUGGACUUGGAGCUUCUAUUGGAAAAGGGCUAGAAAAGGUUUGCUCCCCAUGGGGCUCUAAGAAAGAUUAGGAACAAACUCUUUGUAUCGCAGCGAGUUCUUGCUUGCCUGUUAAUUGUCUUUGAACCCAAUGCUGGUUUUCAUUUGUUCAUUUUCUGAUUAAUACAAUUUGGCUUGGAGGUUGGAUGUGAAA